CCGCUCUCUCUCAUUCCUUAUCCCUCUCUCUUUUCUGUGCAGAGAAUGAAGCAGCUGUCACGUGCAUUUUGGGGGAAAUCAUAUUCUAUAGCUAUAGAUACUGCUACUGUAAAGAAUCACAAAACCUUUUAAGGCACACCAGUGGUCCUUAAAAAAAACGUAACGUAAAGUCCCGUAAAUGCAGUCAAAAUGUUUGGUAUCCAAAAUGUCCUUCUUUAGUUUUGCACUACUAAUGUAGCUAACAGGUAGUGGAACCUCUUUCAUAAAUAUAUGCAUCAGAUCACAUCCGUAUCUUUUUUUAAUUUUCUGUAUAAAAAUGCUGCAUAUUGUAAUAAUUACAGCACAAAAACCAGCCAUUUUAACAGGGGUGUGUAGACUUUUUUAUAUCCACUGUAUAUGGUGGAGUUUCUACGAGGAGGUAUUUAUUUAGCAUUUCUGGAAGGAGUCUCCAGUGUCAGCGCUUAGUAACAGUAACAGUCAGAGUUGAAGCUAUAACUAAGUGGAAAAGGCUUCGGGAUGGAGGGCUUUGCGGGUCCUAGACAGAAAAAGAGAAGCCGGUGAAGGAACUUGCUUGUUUUGUGGAUAUUCCACAACAUUAAACAUAACUAUAAAUGGAUAAAAACUAAAGUGUUAAUCUUUAAAUAAUAAAAAAAAAUUGAAAUAGUUGACAAAUUGCUGUGGUGAGAAGAUUUCUGGCUGAAUUAUUUCUUUAGAAAUGCUCAGGAUUGUUAAAUGAAGUGCGUUAUUUGUGACUUCUGCCCUUUCGUCACCUGUGACAGUUGGUGAUGUCGCUAUCUGUUCGUGUGUGUGUGUGUGUGUGUGUGUGUGUGUGUGUGUGUGUGUGUGUGUGUGUGCGCGCGCGCGUGUGUGUUAAUUGUACAAUGGACCCACAGUGUAUCUCUGGCUGAAUGCUAGUUUUGUGAGCUACUAAUAAAGGUUUGUUUCUUGCUACAAUGAGCCGUAAUGCACCAAGCUCUUCAAUAGGGACGUCUUCAAGUGGGCCUCGAGGGUCCCCCUUGUGCAUUGAUUGGACUUAUGGAGCUCACUUCUAGUCCAUCGAGCUGUGUGUUGGAGUGACGAAUGCAGAUUUGAGCUUGUGGGGCAGCGGUGCCAGUCUGCAGGAGCACGAGGAGUCCGAGCGAACAUUACUGUGGCGUCUCUGAGGUUGUGAACGUUGCGAUGUCGGGUGCUAUGGGAGCCGCUGUGAGCUGCACGGGGAAAGAGAGACAAGACACUGACCUGAGCCACACUGACAGAGAGAGGACAGAGAGAGAAAGGGGACAUCCAGGACCAAGCACCAUGGAAGAGUUUAAAGUCCAGAGCGCUAAACACCCCACACCAAACAGCACGCCUCUACGCGUUCCUAGCGAGCACUCCAGAGAGCGAGCCAAGCGUCUCUCCACUGAGUCAAACGGGACGAACGAAGGAGCAGCCGGUGCCAAAACGCCUGUAGAGCUCACACCACUAGAAGAGGCUUUCAAACGCUUCGCCAUCCACGGAGACACCCGCGCCACCGGCAAGGAUAUGCACGGCAAGAACUGGUCCAAAUUGUGUAAGGACUGCGGCAUCAUAGACAGCAAAACCAUCACCCUCACAGACGUGGACAUCGUCUUCUCAAAAGUCAAGAACAAGUCCGCCCGCACCAUCACGUACAGCCAGUUCAAGGAGGCUCUUUCUGAGUUGGCCAGGAAGCGCUUCAAAGAUAAAACCAGCGAGGAAGCAGCGGAGGAGGUCUUCAAGAUGAUCGAAGGGAAGUCGCCAAUUAUAUCUGGAGUUACGAGAGCUGUGGCAUCGCCCACCGUAUCCCGUCUGACCGACACCACCAAGUUCACAGGUUCUCAUAAGGAGCGUUUCGACCAGACAGGUCGCGGGAAAGGCAAAGCGGGCCGCGUUGACAUGGUCGACACGUCCGGCUACGUCUCUGGCUACAAACAUGCAGGCUCGUAUGAAAAGAAAGUCCAGGGCAAACCACAACAAAAACCCAUGUGAAAUCUCUCGCUAAACCACCCCCAAAACCCCAUUCCAUCAACAGACAAGGCAAGCGGGGGGGGAAAGUAAAGCACAACAGGAUCAUAUUUGCUAUUUCUGUUUGUUUAUAAGCAUCAUUUUUUUUUCUGUGAAAGAGAUUUCCGUUUCCUGCUCUGUUGGAGAACUGGAACAAUGUUUACAUCGACAGACAAGAGAUGCAGCCGGCUGGUACAUUCCUCAUCAAGAAUGAAGAUUAUCAUCAUACUCUGAAAUUUCAGAAGGGCAGAACAGAAUGGAGAACACAAAAAUAUUAAGGAGUUGUGAACGAUGACGUGAAGAUGAACAAAGAAAACACUAAACCGAUGGAAAACGUUUGACAGGAUGUCUACGAUAGCACAUACGAGGUCUAGUCAAAAAGUUCUGAGUCUUAUCUGUUACAGAUAGCAGUAUGAAGGCAACGAACUGCUCUGUCUGGAAGGUCUUCCAGGAACGAGCCAUUGGUCAGAAAUGGUCAGAAAAAAUGGAGCAACAUGUAUACAUGAGAUUUUCUGUGAAAAUGAAGCAUAGUGCAGGGAGAUAUAGUUUAGAGAAGCCAUUCUUUAAGGCUAUCAUCAUGGUUACCUCCCAGCAUUAUACCUGGAACUGGUUCUAAACAGAUCUACAUUAGGCUACUCUCUCAAGGAUUUUAGGUACCCAUCAAAUACGUACCACAUGCCAUUGGUUUUAACGAGAUCAGUGCGUUGAUACACGUCAGAUCAAUACUAUAAUUAUUAACAAUGAAGAGAAAAGGCAGUCCGUACAGGAUUUCAGAGAUUUUUUGUGAUUGUUGCGGCCAAAAAAAAAUGCUUGAUUUUGCUGCGGUUUAUUUUUCUAAAUUUGCUAUGAAAAUUGUGGAGUUUUUUUGUGCUUUUUUUUUUUUUUUUAAAGCGAAAACUACUUGAAUUGGUGAAAUUGCAAUUGCACAAAAAUGUUUUGCGCGAUCUUUCGCUGUGAUGUUCGUUGGUAAAUGAGACCUUUUAGCUGUACUCAUGUUCAACGCACGUGAAUCGAACAGGGCUUUGACUGAACGCGCGUCGUGACGACGUCUCACGACGCGUCUUGGCCCUGCUCUGCGGAAAUGACCAAUCCGCGGUAAUUUAGAAAAAUUGUAAGAUCCUCAGAAUAUUGAGGAGUUUGCUUGAUUUUGCGUUCGUUUCUGCAUUCGCAAAAUCACGAAAUCCUGGAGGGACUGAAAAAGGAAAUUAUCCAUGUCUUCGCUCACAUCAAGAGCUGUAUGAUUCAAAAAAAAAAUAUCGCAGGGUUGCUGAUUGAAAGCCUCAACUCUGAACACAAUACGUACAACUCACCUAAAAUCGAUAUCAGCUCAUAAACAUGAUAAAUCAGCAAUGCAUAUCAAUGUCUUUGUGUCCUGCGAUGGACUGGCACCCUGUCCAGGGUGUACCCCGCCUCGUGCCCGAUGCUCCAUGGGAUAGGCUCCAGGUUUCCCCGUGACCCUGAAUAGGAUAAGCGGUAUAGAAGAUGGAUGGAUGGAUAUCAAUGUCUUUUAUUUAUUUUACUUUUUUGGUGGAUACCGGAAAACUCCUUGUGCAACCAAUUAGAAAUGAGAAUUCUCCAUGUCAUCUUAGGACUUUUUGAUCAGACCUCAUUUUCUAUAAGAAGGAAUUGUUGUUUUUGUUAUUAGACAUCAUUAUUUGUGACCUCUUUACUAUCUGGCAUAGAAUAUAAAACAAUGUUUUCAAUUUCGCUUUUUAGUUCUUUCACAAAUGUUUAAUACUGCCCUUUAUACUUGUGGUUUUUAUGGCACAUCUUUGCCUGUGAUCAGAUUAGACUUGUACAGUUUUGUUUUACAUAAAAAAAAAAAAUUUUGGUAUAAGCCUAGUGUGCCCUAUUCAGAAUCCAUGAGCUGAUGUCUACUGAUAUUAGAUUGUGAGUCUGUGUUUUCAAGUCUUUAAAUAGUCACCGAAUUUGACGGCUCGUACGCUCUGCUCGGUUGUUGCAUCACCAUUCGUGAUCUACAUUUUAUAUAUAUAGAUAUAUAUAUAAAUAAAUAAUAUAUUGUUAAUGUUUCAGUCCAUUAUAUAGGGUCGAAAAUAUUAAUAGUGUUUAUAAUUGUGUUUUUAUGCUAACGCUUGAUGGCAUAACAUGAUACACUGGCUGAUACACGGUUUUCUUCUCUGUUGACACCGGUCACAUUAAAAAAAAAAGAAAAAAAAAAGCACUGAGAUUAGACAGCAGGAAGUCACGAGUGGAUCAUAUGAUUGGUUUAUGAUAACACUGUCUUUUACAAUUUACUAUCUAUAUUACUAUGCACAACCAUCAUCAUUUACUGAUCAGCUCAGACACGUGCUGACAUUACAUUUUUAUAUCAUUACGAUUGAUUGAUCUUUUAUCACUGUUUAUGAGCACAAGUUCAAUUUAAUCAGCCAGGCACAAACUUUAGCAUAUGGCAUCGCCACAACUAAAUAAAAGUGCAUGUAGUGUUCUGUACCUUUAAAACUUUUCUAAAUACAAACUUUCGCUGUCAUUUAAUGUGACGUUUGUGAUCGUCUGAUGAAAUUUAUAUUACGCUCCUCCCUCUUUUAUAUAGAGACGCCUGUCACGGGUCUCUUAUUCUGACCGUAUCCUAGGACUUCAGAUGCGGCCCAAACGUGCAGCCUGGAAGCUAACGUUGGGUUGGCUGAUAUUGGGUUGAAGAACACGAUAUAUCAUCUUAAUGAUUAUCGUCUCAUUCCAAAGCCCAGGUUUAACUAAGAGAAGGGCUUCCAUGAUCAAGAACUAAAUCAUUCAGAAAUAUAGACAUGUAUUUCAGUAAUAUUUGUAAAGUCUGGUUAAUACUCGUAAUAAUAAUUACAAUGUGUUCCGAAUUAAAUCGCUUAAAAAAGCUUUUAAAACUUUUUUUUUUUUAAACUUUCAUAACAUGCAAUUUUUCCAGUCUAAUGAGCAAUGUUUACAAUGUUUGCAUUUUAGCCAAAUCACAAGAAAUAACCUUGAAUGGUCCCCAAGGUCAUAGCAUUCCCUUUUAAAAUGUUCCAUCAUUACAUACAGGUGUGGUACUCAACCUUGAUAGAGAAACCAGAUAUUGUUAUCCUGACAAAGAAUAUCCUGAAAUAUGCGACAGGGUAAAUCUCUAUUAUUUAUAAAAUCAACCUACUAGCACCUUUCCAAUGCAGAUAAUUAAAUAUUUGCACUGCUGAUGCAGUGAUAUAUGGUAUUUAAUACCAUUCUCAUCCAAUAUUUUCAAAGAGAUGGUUAGCACACGGUUUGAAUGGAGCAACACAGGGCAAAAAUAUGCAGCAGGUUUCUCAGAAGGAAGAUUACAGCAUGUAUAGACAUAUUCUUCUACAGAACAUCUAUUUUUCCAGUGUACUGUCACACUGUUCCUGUUAGGUCCUGCUUGGAAAGUGACUCAUUUAAUUCAAAAGAGCAAGUUUGAAAUAUUGUUGUGUUUUAACAAAUGGUUGCUGUUUUGUGUGCUUUGACGCCAAAUACUGUAAACCCACCGUUUUCGAGGAACAAAAAUGUGGUCUUAUUUUUCAUAUAAUUAUUUUUCUAUCUGUUACAGUGCCAUGUUGCAUGUUAUGUGUUUGAGGUAACAUUCAACAGACCUUUAACUUGUCCGUGUGUUGUAGCAUUGUUCUGAAUUUUAAAAAAUAAUAAAUAAAUAAAAAAAAUUUUAAAAAGG